CUUUACUCCCCAUUACUCAUUCGCUUUCACUUACUCUUCUCUACCCGAUCUCACUUCAGGACUUCAGUCGGUACCUGCACUGUACCGUUCAAGGACCAUGAGCGACGAUAGCAACCCCACCACCAAUCCCCCAGCCCAGUCAAUUGACCCUGUUCGUCAACUUCUGCAGGGGAACAACAGCGAUGGACAGGCCCUGACAGCCGAGCAGAGGAAUGAACGUCGUGAGGCCCUCUUGAAGCGUCAGAAGGAGGCAAGAGAGAAGGCCCAGCAGGUCUCACAAGCUGCACGAGCCAACGCCGCUAACAACAAUGCUGGUGUUUCAACAAUCCCGUCAACCACAGCAGCACCGGCUCCCGCAGCGCCAGCACCGAUCGCCACCUCGACGGCUACUCCGGUGGCAGCAGCAGCAGCAACCGCCACAGCAGCCCCCGUUUCGGAUGCGCCCGUUCGUGAGAACAUGGUUCAGCAGGCAGUGUCGUUCCUUUCCUCACCCAGUGUUCAGUCGGCCGAAGAGUCCAAAAAGACCCAGUUCCUGGAAAAAAAGGGUCUGACAGCAAAGGAAAUCGAGCUCGCAAAAGCCCGAGUUAUUGGAACAGCAUCUGCCCCUGCUGUUAGCACCACUCCUCCACCACAACAGCAAUUGCAGCAGCCAUACCAGCCAUCUACCGCACCGGUAUCGAGCAAUUCAGUCCCGCCUCCAGUUCCUCCCCGUAACUAUGCUCCAAUGCAAGCAUAUGCCCAGCCAAUGUAUAUUCCACAGCAGCAACAGGCUGUAGUUGAUCCGAAUGCAUUCAAGAAAAAGCUGGUUAUCGCCAUGUUGAUCUCUGGAGGUGUCACUGUCUUGACAUCAAUUCUUGUCCAGAAAGUAAUAUACCCCAUGGUCCGUGGUAUCACGAGUGCCCGGCAAAAGUUGGCGGUCUCCCAGACAGAGCUGCUGAGCAAACUUAAGGAGCGGCUUUCGGGAUACAGGGAAUAUCUGCAGGGUCUCCACCUCGGCAGCAACCGUGUGCCGGUCAAGAAGAUCAAGGACACCAAGACGACUGUAGAGGAAGAAGAGGACGAGACAGGGUCAAUUACAAACAAGACAUUGACGGUUUCGACAGAAACAAGCAUCGCUACAAAACCAUUGACAACUAAUCCAUCGACUGUCAAGCAGCUGGACGGCUUUUCAAAGAAACUGGAAACGCACGCCAACAGCAUGAAUUUUGAGCAACUGAAGGCUACGAGGGCCACGACACAAGAUCUGGCAGAGUACAUCACCAAGGAGACUUAUGCGCUGACGAGUUCGAUUGCGUACCCAACCUCAAGGUAUUAUGGAUACAACACUGCUGGCGCAGCUGCCUCUGGUAAAGGAGGACUGACGGAUCCAACGACUCCUGAAUCGGCAUUGAAGAGCGAGAUUCGAUCCUUGAAGGGCUUGCUUCUGAACUGGAGAAAUUUCCCAGCCGCAAAGGAGUCUGGUGUCCCAGCAACAGGGGUAGCCGGCGCUAAUGGAUUCGGUGCGUUGCCUAACUUAGUGCAGCAAUAGCGGAGGAGAGGAGGAAACAAUAGAAUAAAAUGAUCCUUACGCCAGAGUGCCUUAUUCGAAG